AUGAGUAAAACACCUACAGAGAAAUCAUUUGAAGAUGAUGGAUAUGAAUGUUACAAUCCUGUCUGUUCUGCUUUUCGUCAAGAAAUGACUGAGAAAUAUUCUUCUCUUAAAUCUGUGGUUGAUGGUUUAACUAAAAAAAUUUCUGAUCUCGAGUCAGACAAUAAAGAUGUUGCUGGUGAUCUCCAAAAGAAGAUUGAUACUCUUAACAAAAGAUUAACUGACAGUAUUAACAACCAAAAUACAAGCAUUUCGAGUUGCAACAAUAUUUGCUCUAAUGUCAUUAAUAAAAUUGAUGGAGUUAAUCAAUUGAAGCGUGACAUUGAUGGAAAGAUUGAAAAGUGGGUUGCGGUUAUGGCUAAGAAUACUCCGACACCUCCUUCUUCUAUCUACAAACAUUACGAAAAUAAAUUAGACAAAAUUUCUGACACCCAAAGUUGUUGUGAUCAGAAUUGUAAGAAUUCCAACGGUCUUUGCAAUAACGGCAAUGGUGUCGUUAAAAUUCGCCCGGGAGGGAAUUUUGCAAUUUAUCGAAGUUCGACACAAAUUGACAAAGAAAACCGUUUAAUUAUGGUUUUGGCCAAGAACAAAAAUAUGAGUGCGAACAUUCCAAGUGACAUGCAAGAUAAUGUUUAUGUUACUUUCUACUUUGAACUGACAAUCAUGAUUGAUGAGGAUAAUGGAAAUGAUUGUGAUGUUCAAGUUGGACUUUUGAAGGACGAGAAUACCUAUUACCGUAUAGGCAAAGACGGAAAGUACCACACAACUGACAGAAACAACAACUCUAUUUUUAGCGAUCCAAUUGUUGGAAAUUUUGUUGUUGGUGUUGGACAGACUUUUGCACCUCGAAAUAUGCCGUCUGCUAAAAUGCAACUUUUCUUUACUAAAGGCGGAACAAAACUUCGCAAGAUUUUUCUUGUGGAUGAGGAAGAUAUGCUUCCACAUAUUUUAAUGAAAGGUGUUGAUGUUGAAGUCAACUUUGGUGAUGAUUCAUCCAAGCCUUUUGUUUAUGACAUCAAUAAUCACGAGGCUGCUUAUUCAAAAUAA